AUGCCAAGGUUACGAAACGUUAUGACCUGGCUCCAAAUGUGGAUUUCGAGAAAAGCAAACGUUGAGUUCGGUGCUGCAGUGACAAAAAUAUUCAGCAAUGGCUCGGGUAGCGGUGGUUUAGACACUGGAGAAUUUCUCCGAAAAUUUUCGCUUGUCACCGGAGAUGUGUUGCGAGUAUUCACACGGUUUUCGGCUCCUACAAGAUGGCAUUAUAGCGGCUCAUCAGAAGCUGCUGAUGUACUCGUAGUAGCUCAUGGUGGAAAUGAGCUCUGCUGGUACAUUGCGCCCGCAGUUCUGCUUUCUGAGAAUACUUUCAGGAACUGCGAUGGAGGGCCAACGACGGCUAUUGGGUCAGGAUAUGAGUACCAGGAUCAAGAGAUGCAAACGAUUUUCUACGCUCAAGGACCAUCGAUAAGAAGCGCGGUAACCGUGCCUCCUUUCCAAAAUAUUGAAUUGAUGAAUUUGUGGAUAGAACUGCUCAAAAUUGGAAUAUGUACCAAAUAA